AUGUCAAUUUUCAAGCUCCCCGCUUGGGUGAUCAAAGAUAUUGAUAAAAUCCGGAGAGAUUUCCUUUGGAAAGGCCCCAAUCUGGGAUCCAAAGAAGUCAGAUUGAUAGCCUGGAGUAAGAUCACUAGACUGCGGGAUAUGGGAGGCUGGGGAAUUCUUAACCUUCAGACCUUCAAUAACGCUUUACUUGGAAAAUGGUGGUGGAAAUUAACUUGCAAUCCUAAUAGCAAUUGGGCCAAAAUCAUCAACGCUAAUUAUUCCAUAAGUGACACUGUUGGAGUCCUCUCUCAUACCCCACCCAGAAACAAGUCCUUUUUUUGGGCAGGGGUGACUUCCACAUUAUCUCCCUUCCGUUCAUGCAUCACGAAAUCCAUCAGAAAUGGCUCUAGCACUUCACUUUGGUCUGAUCGUUGGCAUGAUGGACUUCGUCUUAAAGAUUGUUGGCCCGAUCUAUUCAAUGAUUGCACUGCUCCAUGGAUAACCAUCAGACAAUUCACUCAGUAUCUAAACAACCCCGAACUCUUAUUCCCCACUUCCACCCCCAACAUGUUAUCGGCUCUUCUUGAAAAUAUCCCUGAUUGCUCCCAGACUCAAGAUGAUGUUCACACUUGGACCCUUGACAAAAGUGGCACGAUCACUAUUAAAUCCUUUUAUAAAUUUCUCAUUGAUGGUGGAACACGCAGCUCGCUUUAUCUCCUUUCCUGGAAAAAUCACUGCCCAAGCAAAAUUACUCUCUUCUGUUGGCUUGCUGGGGAGGACAAAAUCCUCACUCUUUCAAAUCUCUUCAAGAAAGGUUACAAUUUCCAAAAUUCCACCGACACCUGUGUCCUAUGCCACAAUGCAUCUGAAAAUCUUCAACAUCUUUUCAUCGAUUGUGAAUUUUCUAAACGCAUCUGGGCACUCUUUUCACAAAUUUUAGAAGCAAACUCUCUUCCACAGACAAUUCCCUCACUGUGGACCAUUUGGAUACCAUCCUUAGCCCCUUAG